CCUCCCACCCAACCCACCCUUCUAUAGUGACGUUUUCCUCAAAAUUUGUGGACAAUAUGAUCGCUAUUCAGUAAAACCAUUAGCAGGUAAUACACUGAGUGAUAUUACAGUGUAAUGCGUACAUAAAAUCGUGGAUUACAUAGAGCAAUGUAACAAUUAAGACAUUGUUUGCAUACUGGACCCUGACUAGGUGGGUUACCUUCGCAAGCCUCCACCAAACUGCAAGUUAUUUGGGAAUUUAACACACCUGAAUAGUAAAGACAAGAUGUAAGCUCUGAAAGGUAUGAGGGGGAUGCCAAGCGGAGACUGUCAUGUCAUGUCAUGUGCAGGUGAAGACUGUGACGUCACUUGCAAGUAGAGACUGUGACGUCACUUGCAAGUGGAGACCGUGACGUCAUUUCCAGGUGAAGACUGUGUGACGUCACAUGCAAGUGGAGACCGUGACGUCACUCAGAGAGGAGAAUGUGACGUCACGACAUGAACCAGCUGUGAAGGACCAUAGCUGCUAUGAAGCUUGCCUGGUGCUCUGGUGAGUCGCCAGUGGUCCUCAGCGUUAUAACUAUGGAUGACCGGCACCAUGAAUAGGCGCGGGGGCAACCGAGCCAAACGCACUGCAGAAUCCAAAGCUUCAGGCAGUUCUGGCCGUGGUGCAAGAGCCACCGCCCGCAGGGAGGGAGAUUCGGCUGUACAUCAGCCACCCUCGGGACACACAGCCUCGGGCAAUAACAUAUCCCAUGGCAAAAAGGGAGAGGAAGAUUAUGGGUCAGUGAGGGCUCAUAAGGAUGCUGUGUCAGGAGGCAAAGGUGACGACCCUGGUGGCUCUGCUGAGGGAAUACCCACAGCAGGUGCUAACGAUGAAGCGAUUGUGGUGAGCAGUCAGAGCAGCACUGGCUCCAGCAUGCCUGCUGCUACGGUGAGCCGACCCCGAGUUGGAGUUGCAAACUCCAGCAGGGGCUCUGCCCCAGCAGCAGGUACUGGAAGUCUGACAUCCUUAACUCCAGUGAGAGAAGAAAAGCAGCCUGUACAUGAUGUAUGCAAGUUACCCAAAAAGCGUAAGUUUGAUCCAUCUGAAUUGGAGGAUAUGAAUGAAGGACUGCAACCAGCGACUGCAAUGGUGACAGCUAGUACAACUGUUAGUUCUGCUCUGGUAGUCUCAACAUCUGGCCAGCUGCGAGGCCCCUCCGUUAGCACAUCGGUAACAAGUCCUAUGGUGUCUGUGGCACCUAUGGCUGUUCCAGAUGCUAUUAUCAGACCAAUAGUUGUUGCAGAGGUUGACGUAAAUUUUUCCGAAAUCAAGCCUCAAGACCUUCGGGUGAACACAUCCGGUGGUGGUCGAGUUAAUGAAAACGGAAGUGGUAUCCAAAGUAGCAAUGGUAAGGAAGGUAACGGCCAAGAUAAAAUUGCGCCUAGUGAGCCUCCAGUUGAGUCACAGCCAGUCAACAUGAAGAACACCAGUCAUACGGUAGUGUCACAUGCUAUCGCAACACACAGCGUAGUCACCUCUCAGGUGUUAACCGUUCAGCGGAACUCUCUUUCUCAACCUAACACGCAACUUAAGCUUGCACCAGCCACGCAAGCCUCAUCCAUUCCUCACACUGCCACUGUCUCUACACACAUUGGUCUAAUUCCUCAGCAUCAGACAACACUUGUAACAAUUCCUCAAUAUCAAGGAUCCCUCAACUCAUCCCAACAGGUGCAGCUUCAUCAUCAUCAGCAGCAGCAACACCAGCAGAGACAAAAGAUUCAGCAGCAACAACAACAGCAGCAACAGCAGCACCACCAACAAAGGCAACAACAUAUACAGCACCAACAACCACACCAGCAACCUCACCAACAACCUCACCAACAACUUCACCAACAACCUCACCAGCAAUCACAUCAACAACCUCAUCAGCAACCUCAUCAGCAACCUCAUCAGCAACCUCAUCAGCAACCUCACCAACAAUCACAUCAACAACCUCACCAACAACCUCACCAGCAACCUCACCAGCAACCUCACCAGCAACCUCACCAGCAACCACACCAGCAACCACACCAGCAACCACACCAGCAACCACACCAGCAACCACACCAGCAACCUCACCAGCAACCUCACCAGCAACCACAUCAACAACCUCACCAACAACCUCACCAGCAACUACAUCAUCAUCAACAGCAUCUUCAGCAGUCACAUCAAACUCAUCAUCAAAUUCAUCAGCAGUCACAUCAUCAACAGCAUCAGCAACAACAGCAGCAGCAGCAACAGCAGCAACAGCAGCAACAGCAGCAACAGCAGCAGCAGCAGCAGCAGCAACAGCAACAGCAGCAGCAGCAACAACAGCAGCAGCAGCAACAGCAGCAGCAGCAGCAGCAACAGCAGCAGCAGCAACAACAACAACAGCAACAAUUGCAGCUUCAGCAGCAACAGCAGCAGAUGCUGCAACAACACGCAGUCCAUAUACAGCAGCCUCACCAACAACAGCAUCUUACUCAACCCUCACAACAGUCACAACUACAACAUCAAGUGGGGAGUGUUGGGCACCAUUCAGUACACAUCCCUCAUAUGGUACCGCCUCAAGCCCAUUCCCAACCUGCUAUCUCUCAAAGUGCCACCAGCUGUCUCUCUCAGUCACCAAGUUCAAAAGUAGAGUUUCCUCAGCCAAAGCAGUACGCAGGCUUCAAGAGUGUUGUUGAUGCUGCUGCGCAGGCUACUCUUUCAUCUCAUCAUGUGUCUGGUGAAACGCGCGAAGGAGGGGAAGUGCCUCGAACCCCAGAAAUGUGGUCGUCUCAGCAGGGUGUUGCUAGAGCACCCGUUGACCUCAGCGAGUGGAAGGGUCAUAGAGUUUUAGCCAAGCGUGGCUUAGUUUACUAUCCAGCAGUGAUUGUAAGUGUAAAAAAUGCUUGUGAUCUUAUAGUGAGGAUUGAUGCCGAUGCAAAUAGUGAUCUCUUGUACAGUAAUGUUUUUACGACUGGUAAAUUUGAUGUGAUAAGUGAUGCUGUUCCAUCUGCCAAACAGCUAGUGGAAGGGGCACGUGUUGUAGUGCGGUUAGAUAAGGAACAACUGAUGUUUGCGGAAGGGGUAGUGUAUGAAAGACAGGGCUCACCAACUUCGCAAUAUUUGGUGCGCAUUAGUGGCGAGACAAACAAUCAGGGGUCUGGUGUGGCAAAUGACCACUGGCUUCUUCGGCCUCAUUUACGGUUACUUCAACCACCAUGGUGGGAGGAUUUGGAGCCACACGUACAAUCAUCAUUGCUAGCCGUUUCUCACCACUAUAAUUCUCAAAAACCAAGUGGCUACCCACCUCCGGGCUUCCAGGAAACAUCUGGCUCUCACUUAGUGCCCACUGCCCCCUCCUAUUCGAUGGUAGCAACCACUUACGGCACCAUCACACCACCGAACCAUGUAACACCCCCUGGCAGUGUACCCAUGACACCUCUUAGUGGACAGUCAGGAUCAGCUGGCCUCAGUUCUGGUUCAGAAGAGCUGCGCAGACGACCAAUAGAUGAUUACGAUAGUGAUGAUGACCUUAGAAGAGAGGACAUCACAUUUCCUGCAGAUGGGGGUCAUUAUAGUGGUAAUCACCGCUCCAUGUCCCUGACUCCAGGUGCACUGGGCAGUAAAUAUACGGGAGACCCAAAGCGCUCAUCCAUGCACAGCAGAGGAUCCACCUCAAGCUUAAUAGAACAGGGAAGCAUAGGCACUACCACUCCUCGAUCAACGCCUGUCACUCCCAGAUCUGGAACUGCCACUCCACUUAAGUACAAGAAAGGUGAGGUUGUGACUACUCCUAAUGGGAUUAGAAAAAAAUUCAAUGGGAAGCAAUGGCGUCGGUUAUGUGGUAAGGAAGGGUGCAGCAAAGAGAGCCAGCGUCAGGGAUAUUGCUCACGACACCUUUCCAUGUAUGGAAAAAGACUACGCAGCUCGUCGAUUACUUUUAGUGCUGGGAAAGAUACUCCAAGUGUAGAGGGUAACUGGGAAGAGAUGUCGUGUGACUCGGAUACUUCUCCCAACUUCCCCCUAACAGCCCCGCGGUCUCAAGACGAAACAGAAGCUGCAAAUAUGCUUAUGACUCUGCACAACUCGUCAAGAUCGACAACUCCUGCUGGCUGCUUCUCUCCGACAUCUAUUUCACCAAGAGGCAUCCAGAGUCCAGUGACAGUGGGGCCUAAGGGAAACGUGUUCAUGCCUAUAUCUCAACCUGCUCCCAUCACCUCUCCUACUGGGCGAGCAUGGAUGUCACACGAUAAUAGUAACCGACAUCCUGUGCCGUCACUUCCACAAAGACCUAUUAUAAGACCCGAGUUACUUCGUCCAGUGACUAAGCUGCCAUCAACAGUUAGCCAGGUGACGGGCAGCACGAGUGUGAUCCGCGCCUCCCCAAGCCAUACUGUGCCUAUGGGUCAGUCUCCAGGGUCAUCAGCAAGUUUAAGCAUAAACAACCCACAAGUGACCCUCUCUCCAGCAGGGCCUAGUGUACAUCUUCACCAAGCCCCAGAGUCAGUAAUACAGGAUAGAAGAGAGCAUUUGACUCUGAAUCCCCGUGUAACUACUAUCAACAGCCAAUUGAUAAAUGUGUCACAACAAGGUCAUCUCUCUAGAAGCCUGGGUGGCCCUGGGGUUACAAUUACCUCAGGUGCCAGUCAACCAACUAUUGCAAUUCUGGAAAAAGUUCUUACCUCAUCAGUACCUAACACUGCCAAAGAUGAUCCCAAUUCACAGCCUGAAGAUCUUUCUAGUAGAUUUCGCCCCAUAGAUCAGUCGGGGUUUUGUAGUGAUCGAUCUGAUUUGACUGAUGGAAAAUCGGAUUUUGAUAUUAAACAGAGAGUUUCAGUCAGUUGUGGAGAGCAAGAGGGCCUACUUUUGCGUGCCAAUAAUGCUUCCGUAAGAGAUAGCGGAUUACACAUAUCUGAACAGUCGUCGCAUAAUCUUGAUACCGCAAAACAAGAAGCUCCAGAUAAUAAAGAGAAUAUAAUAAAUCAAGUGAAAACAGAAGUGACAUCACUAUCCACAACAUUUGUGACUGGAACUUCUGCUGGUGCUGUUAUUAUAACUACACAACCAAGGUGUCAUAUUGCAGUAUCCGAUUCUGAUCAAGUUGUGGUUCGUCCAACAGUAUCUAGGGAGGAUGCGGGUGAGGAAGUCAACUGGGAUGAACAGCAUCAUGACCAGCCAACUUAUCACUGGAGUCAACUGGUUCCUCUUAUUACAACGCCAAAUAGAAACGUGUCGAGUCAACAGCAGCCAAAAAACGAGACGGACAUUAAGCCAACAACAAAUGGUGAUGUGUUGCCAAAUGGUAGAGGACAUAUGGGAAGCACAAGUGAUAUUGGUGGAGUUAACAAGUGCGAAGGGGGCCAAAAUCGUCGAGAAUCUUGUAGUCAAGAUGUAGAUUUUGACUUGUCGGCUGAUGAUGACGAUGUGUUUGUUACUGACCUUGAGAGUGCUUCAAGUACAAACAAUAAGAGAAGAACUCAGUCUCUGGGAUCCUUCUCGGGCAAGGAGGAACCAAAGAGCCCCAGAAAGGGAAAAGGAGAAAAGGAGCACAUAAGACGACCAAUGAACGCCUUCAUGAUCUUUAGCAAACGACAUCGACCGUUAGUGCACCAGCGAUAUCCCAAUCAAGACAAUAGAACAGUUUCCAAAAUCUUGGGUGAAUGGUGGUAUGCUCUGGGUCCUGAAGAAAAGCAAAAAUAUCAUAGCCUCGCCUCUGAGAUAAAAGAGCAUCACUAUAGGGCUCAUCCAGACUGGAAGUGGUGUAGUAAGGAUCGUCGCAAGUCAUCCACAAGUUCUAACAAAGGUGAUGGUCAACCAUACACUCCAGGGGGACCAGGCAUGGAUGGUCUUCCUUUGACACCUGGUGGACCCAACAGUGGACCAUUGCUGACUCCUGGAGGACCAAGUAGUUCUGGACCUCCGUUAACCCCAGGUGUUAUCAGUAACACACUCGACACUCCCGGCACACCGGUAUCUAUUGGCCCAAAUACCAGGAUGAUCCAAGUAUCAGCAGCUGGAACUCAUGUGACUAUAUCACAUCCUAGCAUUACAAAUAAUAAUUUGGUAAACAAACAGUUCCUGGUGCCUAGUAAUGGAACACAAACUGGACCAAGAAGGGACACAGUAGGCUCCGAGGUGUCCGAUGAUGACUCUAAAAUGAUCAUUUGUGAAGAGGGAACACCAGAGGGACAGAGGGAUAUGACUCAAAACAAGAUAGACACGACCAAUGAGAUAGAUCUAGCAUGCAAAGAGCAUGUUGGAGAUUCCGAUUCCGAAACGCAGAGUGACACAGAAGUCAAUGAACGCCUACGAAGACCUUAUUCUCCCACAAGUGGGGGAGACAUAAAGUACAAGCCCAAACCCAUCAAGGGAAGACCAUCAUUGUCAACAGAGGAGGUAGUAACACUCUACGGCCCAACAGGCUCGGCCCAGCUUGGGGCUGACCAGUUACAUGUAGCUGGAAAACCGUCUCCUAUUCAUCUGCCUUCCACACCAACACUCCAGAUGCCCAUCACAUCCACACUACAGUCCACAGGCAGUGCAUUUAGAUCGAUGCCUCCUUCUCCCAAGGUUCGGAAUGUUAGUGAAAAUAACAUGAUGCAACAAGAGGGAGACAAGUUGACAGUGUCUGCUUGCAACCACGGAGCAAAUAUCAAAAUCAUCAGUAAUGUCUCCUCCCCAGCUGGCCAAAAAACAGUCAUGAAGACAAACCAAAUAAAGUCUUUCCACAACCUCACUGUAACCACGCAAGAAAGAAAGCCUGUUUUAGUGGACACGCCUAUCAGCCUGCGCACAAACAAAAAUGACAACAAUAAGUGUAGUUUGGGUGGCAUUGGCAGCACGUCUGUCACUCUUCCAGCUGGAACGCAAGUGAUACCUAAUAGCAGCCAUCAGACCUUCCAUACCGGAAUCAUCACAUCAACUUCUGGCACUACCACAACAUCUGUGGGAACACUUCCAAAGGCUGCUAUUCUUAUGUCCCCUGGACAUUAUACUUUAUUGAACACGGGAGUUAAAGGUGGUACUCUAAUGGCCCCCAGUGGCACCUCCCCCAUGCAUGUUACGAAUGUGGUAGUCAAAACCACUCCAGCCACUUCUGUAGGCUCUCAACCAGGAAUAAACAAAGCGGUCUCGACAGGAUCGGGUCAGCCGACUCACGUGCAGUACCUUGUACCAUCUGUUACACCAGAUGGUAAACUGAUACUGCCGAGCAACUUGCUGGUGUCGACAGACCCAUCUGCUAAACAGCUCACUGUAACUCCUGUUUCAUCAGCAACUAGUAUGAGAAUGGUUCCGUCCACUGUUGUGACAUCGACUGAUCCAGGGGGUGUAAUCAAGCCAAUCACAAUGGCAGGUGUUACCAAGACAACAGUCGCUUCACAGACUCAAGGGAUGGUGUUGAUCUCAAGCUCCCGACAAGGAAUUACAUCUGUUGGGCCUCAGAUAGGUGUUAGCCAAGCAGUCUCCCUUGCUCAAUCACCGUACCAAAGCCUUUCUGCUGGUAGAGGGUGUGGAGGAGCAGCAGCAGUAGUGACAAACUCACCUGCUGCUGGCUCCUUGGCUGCCAUAACACUUCCACUACACCAGCUGUCACCAUCACAGCAGUUACACCAACAGCAGCAGCAUCACCAGCAGCAGCAACAACAUCAGCAGCAGCAGCAACAUCAGCAGCAGCAGCAACAUCAGCAGCAGCAGCAUCAACAGCAGCAGCAGCAUCAGCAACAGCAGCAGCAUCAACAUCAUCACCACCAGCAGCAUCAGCAGCAGCAGCAGCAACACCAACAAGCACAGCAGCAACAGAAAGUUAAAGCACAGGUAGCCAAUAUUCCUCUUGCUACUGGAGGUGCAAGCAUUGGUGUAGGGGGUGUUGAGGAGGAAGAAUUGGAGGACAAGCCCAAGUUUAUCCUUGCCCCAACGCCAGCACAGCUUGGCAAGGCUCCACGUCAGAAGAGACUUAACUCUACAGGCAUUCAUGGUUAUGUGAGACGCAAAACUCAUUGCUUUGCCCUCGCUUCAGGGCAAAUAUCGGCAAUAGGAGACACCCCACCACAGUUAUCUCCAGAUGUGAAGAUGGCUCCCCCACAGCACGGAGGCGGAGAAACUAAAGUAUCCCCCGCAGGCUGCGACCCUUCUGAUGGAGACUCCUCAGCGCUUGCAGCUGCAGGAGCUAAUCAUCACAUCACCUCAGUCCCUCCUUCACCAAACGAAAAGAAAAGUUUUUUUAAGAAAAACAUUGAAGAUGGAAUGGAUAAGGUUUUAGAAGAAGUAAAUUUUGAGCAAAAAUUUGGGGCAUUACCCGAAUUCAAUCCUGAUGAAGUUCAAUCUCCGAGCAUCAAUGCCAACACCGUCCCAUCAGUACCGUCGUCCCCUCGCACAUUUAUCAGCUCCUACAGAAAGAAAAGAAAGCAUUCCACAGGUGAUGAGUCGGAAGCGGAAACCCCAAUGAGUGUUACGCCUCACCUCACGCCCUCACUCACACCAUCAUCCACAUUGCAGGGCUCCAAGUUCUUCCCACCAGAUUUUAAUCCAGAAACUUUUAAGGUUGGAGAACCACGAUCAGAUAAGUCAGAGGUGGACUCGCCAGCUGGUGCUCGAUCCCCCCGAACGCCAAAGACCCCACGUGACGCAGACAAAAGUCAUUCCUCCCUUCGCCACAUCCUGGACCAACGCCGCACUCUUGUCAUGCAACUUUUCUCAGAAUAUGGCUGGUUUCCAUCUGCUCAAGCAGUGGCAGCAUUCCAAUUGCGAUACUCUGAUAUUUUCCCCACCAAGAAUUGCUUGAUCUUAAAGAUUAGGGAAGUACGUCAGAAGGUUCACCAAAACACCCCCAACACCCCAGGAGUGCCCAGCAGUCCUAACCCUGCAGCAGCUGCAUCACAUGCGUCCAAUAACCAAUCACAACAACUCACUCACAACAACCACCAUAGUGCAAGAUCAUCCCUCACUGCCGGUGUGCCAACGUCUAGCCAAGCCUCCACAACGCUCCCUGUCACCACAUAAUGAUAAAUGACGUCUAGAUUGUUAAGUAAUUGUUACCUCUUUUAUUUUUUUAUCGUUUAUUUUUAUUUUUAUUUAUUUUUUAUCAAUGGCAACCAGCAUUACUACAGUAUAUAGUAUUGGCAUCUCAGUAAAGUUUAAGAUUUCAAUGUGAAGUUAGUUAAAAUUAAGCACAGCUUUAGUGUUUAAUUUCUCAAGAAGCCUACAUUUAUAUCCCAUCAGUACUGCCAGAUGUAAGAGUUUUAGUAGCUUGAGAUAUCCAUCUCUGUAGACCAUGCGUGCCACCUACGCUGCCCAUGCACUCUUGCUCAACUGUUUGCCUAUGUGGAAGUGUAGCAGAAUUGAGAUUGAAAUGUGAUUAAAAAGUUUCCUAUCUUGUGUUUGUAGAAGAAAUCAAGCAUCAUGAUAUGUUGUAGCUGCGUUCAGGAAGUGCACCCGGCAAUCAUGCUUAUAGUACCUCUGUGGUAAUAUUACCCACCAAACACUAAAUGUCAUCAAUCGAUGUACAAUAUGUAUUGUAAUAAAAUCCAAUACAGUUGAAUGAUAAACUCAUUUACAUUGGAUGAGUGCUGUGUUCACCUGGCACACAGAGCUACUGUUUUGCCCAAGUAUAUUGACAAAGCCUAUUACUGAUAGUGCAAGCAAUAAAAAAGAAAUAUAGUUUCAGCAUUUUGCAUAAAAAAUAUUAUUCACAUACAAUGUAAGGAUUUAAUGUUUUGAGUGUAAAUGUUGUUAUACCAGUGGUAUAUUUACUAACUAAAAGCGCACUCCUAAGUACCAACUCAGAAGCUGAAGAAUAUAUUGUACAGAAGUGGAUGCUUGUAUAUAUAUUGCUCACACAUAAUGGAGACUGUUGAGGAUAUCCAGCAGGGUUUCUGAACCUGUGUCAUGGCUAAAGUGGCAAUUAUAUUAAUGAGUAGUUCAAGGUACCUGCCUGUUUGGAAAAUGUAUAUUAAUGUAUUUUGCUGUAUUGUUUGGUAAUCUGCAAGUUUUGCUACUGUUUUGUAUUGAGAAGUAUCUCUUUAAAUGUGUGUUGUGUUCAUAUGUCUUUCUCUUGAGGAAUAUGAAGCUGUAGCAUUGUGCAUAUAUGAAGGGCCAGAAGAAUUGACGACAGAUUUGAUGAGGGGUAACUGCUGCAACAAAACCCCUCAGAAAUUGUAAUAACUAACAAACGUUGACUCCCCGAGGCUACAUAGCAGAACCGAGCCGAACUGCGUGUUGAUGCUUUGUGGAGGAAAGUCAGUUAUUUUAUACUAGUGGAAUUGAAAGUUCUUUCUAGGAAACGGAUGAAUAAGAUUUGGUAAAUUACCAUUGUAGUUUAGUAAGUAAUUUUUAAUCCCCUCUGAUCUCAUGUACACCUUAAUGACAGAUUUGAGGGAGCCUUUUAUCACAAACAUAAUAAAGGUACAUUCAUAAAGAAAGCAUUUAAUAUUUUAUCAGGAACUGGGCAUAAGUUGCCUCAAAGUUUUCAAAUAGGAUUAUUUUUAUGAAACGGGGACAAGCUCAAAGGAAGAAUUACCUGGUCUUACCUCAAAGUACAAUGGAAGCAGCAAUAUAUAUAUACUGGAUUUGUUGAGACUUGGGGUCAGAAAGCUUUACUAUGUGUUAUAAUUCGGCUGUAAAAAUAUAAUGAGAUUGUAGUAUAGCCUGAUAUUACAAACUUGUGUGAAACACAAACGUGAUGGGACCAACUAUCAUGAGCUUCAGUGUGUGCAUGUUAAUAAGGUGCAUUUAUCAUUUGCACUGCAGAGAAAUGGACCUUUGUUCGUUUUAUAGCUGAUGCAUCAUUAUAAUUGGUCGUGUCACGGAAAUUGAAUGAACAAUGUGAAUAGUGUACAGUGAAUCUCAUUGUAGUUAGUGAGUAUAAACCUGUACAGUGGGAUGAAUAUACUGUUUUCUUGCAGUGGUUGUUUAAUAUUUCAAAACUUGAGGCUUGAGGGAUUACGUAUCCAGAUUCUUAAAAGGCUCUCAGAAGGUAUAAAUGUCCACAAAUAGAGUAACUACAAAAUUUUCACAAGUUAAAAUUCUUGUGGCUAAACCAAAACAUUAAAAAAAACAUGGUUAAUAAGCAAGUAGAUUGUUCUGUUAACGGAAUAUUAUUCAAAUAAACUCUUAAGAAUCUGGAUUUGGAAAUGGUCAAAACUGUAAAGUUGCAACAUAUGGGUUACAAAUUUCCCUUGAUAAUUUAAGAAACUUUUCUGUCUGAUUUCUUAGCUGUGAUAUUUUCCAUAUUUUCAUGUGAGCUUUAUAAAUCCAUGCAUUGAUCUAGGAUGGAGAUCAGUGCUGGACGUUGUCACCUUGUGCCAAUCACCCAGGCAAAUAGGAAAGCCAGUCAUCGAUUGUUUACGGUGAGGGGAAACAGUGGUGGUGUUAUCCAGUCUGCCUCACACCUAAUUCGUGCCCAAAAUGAAUGCAUUGUGUUUAUUAUUCUUAAAGUUCAUAUUAUCCAUCAAAAUGUGCUUAAAGAAAACCAUAUAUUCUUGCUUUAGUACAUAUUUAUAUGUAUCAAAAAUUUAAUGAGACUUUAAUUGGGAUUUAUAUAUACUUCACCCCCAGUAUUGUACUUAACGCCUGAUAGCAUAGCAUGAUUUCCAUUGCUGACUAUCCUUUUAAUACAGACAAAAUUUAAAAACUAUUUUGACAGUGUGUGAAACAAAUAUAUAUAGUAGAAUCAAUUGUCCAACUACUGUGUCAUCAAGUAAAAAUGUUUUAAUAUAUGAACCAAAAGUAUAAAAUAUGGUGUACAUAAUGAUGACUGGAACUUUUAAGUUGCAGGGUGAAUGGUGGUGCUGCAUGCACAGUCCAUCAUAGAUUUGUACCAUUCUUGAUGAUCCUCAACUUUGACUCAUCAAUAUGAGUUGACAUUUCAAGGAAGGUUACAUCUUAUCAACUUGUAGGGUUGAAAAUAUUAUUGUUUUCCUCUUUAGUACUUAAAGAAUGAAACAAAUAUAUAGCUGCCAUCCUGGUGUCCAAAUUUUAUUUGGCAUCGUCUUGCAUUUUUCUCAUGUUUCCUCCUUUGCAUAUUGUUAUAGUUUGUUUAUGUCUUCCAUAACUGGAGCUGCUUUGUUGUUUAUAUUUAAUACUAUUUUAAGUUUGUUUCCUGUGUGGGUAACCAGCAAUUGUAGAACUCUGUAGUUUGUUAAUAUUCACAACGUGUAUUGCCGAUACAGUUUCAAGUAAUUGUGCAGAAAUUUGACGUGCUUAUAGUUGUCAAUACACGUGCUACUCUGUUCUUGAGAAUGUGCCCACAGGAAUGAUAAGUUGAAAAAGAGAAGCUUGCUGACAAAAUAUAUUUUACUUGUAAAAAUUAUUGUUUGAAAAUUUAAUUAUGUUAGUAUUUUGAAGCUGGCCAGGUAACUACCACACCAUUUCAGAUUUUGGAUAUCAGCUCAGUACAGAAUUGGUUCAGAGUCUGCAUACUUGACUACCUUGAUUUUCCAGAAUCCUAAAGGUCAGAAUUGAUAUCUAUAUUAUGGUAUACCAUUUACAUGACUGUGUUGUCUUCCUGUAUAGUUGUUCUAAAACUUUGAAGAAUGUUUUAACCUUAUCACUCACAACUUAAGUCACAAUUAGGGUGUUUUUAAUUUAUGAUGCUGGUUAAUCAUGUGUCAAAUGUAUGUAGCUCAAUAUUCAAGUAAAUCCAUAAAUAAGUGACAAAUACUGUGUAAAAAUAUUUAUUUUCAUUUAUUGUAGAAUAACUUUAGUAUGUGUAUAGACAGAUAUAUGGAUAGAUGUAGCAGUAGAGGUAGAUAAGGUAGAUAUGUAUAGAUACAAUAAUAGAUACAAAAUAUUUGGCUGUUGUAGCAGGUUGAAGAUGGUUGAGGUUAGUGCACCAGCCACUCUGUAAGGUGAGUCAACUGGCCAGUUGUUAGUCAAGAGCAGAAUGCCACAAAACUAUUCUGCAUACUGUAUACUUUAAUGUAAAUACAAAAUUUGUUUGCCACAAUUCUGGAAGUGCUCUGUAUGGACAGAAGGUUCAGUGUCACAGUCUUCAGUAGGGUUAAGUCGUCGUCGUCAUCGGUGGGUUGACUAAACUCGGUCAGUUUGCAGGAAGAUACAAAGUAACUAUAGUGUAUAACACUUAUUAACUAUAGUUUAUACACUAUGCUUAUGCAGAGGCCUAGGGAUUUCAUAGACACGUGUAUAGGUGUAGAUAUUGUAUGUAUGAUUACAUUAUGUUACCCAAAAAGGAUGAUACAUUAUGAGAAUUUCAAUUCUAUAUUAAUUACCUGAAAUAUAUUAAGAAAGGGAAUAAUUUGUGCAUAGGGACUUAAAUAUUAUGUAUCAAGGCUAUUGGAACUUUAAAGUCUUCUAGAGAAAUGCCUAGGUUUUGCCACACUCAUUUCAUAUUCAUGAACUCACAGGUGCUGAAAUAUGUAAGAUUUUUGUUUUUAAUACUGUUCCUUUAAUUUAGUACAGUACAGUACUUGUGAUGCUCACAAACUUUUGGACUUCAAUUUUAGAUGCAAUACCCUCUUUACAUUAUUUUAAUAGGAACCUGUUUAUAAGAUAACAAGUAUGGAGUGAUUGAUUGUAUUAAUGUUUUUAUUUAUUUAUUAAUUUUGUUUUAUUUUUGUAAAUGAACCACUCGCCUAAAUAUUUGUUAUAAUUAGUAAUUGUUGUGGUGACCAGUGAUUUAAUAUGGUGCUUAUGUUUUGUUUUAUAAUUUGCUGUAGCCUGCUACAGUUUUGAUCAGUGUGCAUCAUGCUGAUUACGUAGUGCCCGAGUUAGGCCAGUGUGAACCUGAUGACCCGUUAUUGUGGCUCAUGUACACAGUAUGUGUAACACAACAGUAGCCCUUUGGAGUAAUGCUCAGGGUUCUUAUAUUGCUGAACAUUUAUCACUUUUAUAGUUGGCAUGUCAAGGUUAUUCCCAUUUUAUAUUCCGUAGUCAAAUUACACCGUGUGUUUUCUUCAAGACUUUCGUGCCAUAGCUUCAAGCAGUUGUAGUGAAACUGAUAUAUGGUUUAUCAUUUUUUCAUGUUCCACAAAAGUGCAAUUUUCAAGUAUUUUCUGAAUAAAUUUGAACAUAAUAUCUAUUUUAUGUAACCAAAUGUUAGCAACAAGUAUAAAGAUGGAAAUAAGGUUCACUGAUCAGUGAACAUUUGCACUCAAACUAAUAAAACAUUCCUUCCAAAUACACUGAAAAAGGAAUGUGGUUUUGUCCCAUAGUAGUUCAUAAGUGGCAAAUUAUAAAAAUAAUAGUGCUGUACUGUUAUUUUUAUUGUAAAAAUUGUACAGUUGAUGAAUCCUUUUAUAGGCAUCCCUUGUUUAUGUUACUGUGUAUGAUUUUAUGAAACUUUUUUCUAUACAUAUACAUGGCAAUAACUGCCACUCAAGUUUUUCAAAAAUGCAGCUUGUAAGUACUCUUUGGACAGCAAGGUAUUUACAUUGGACACUGAGGUGCAUAACCCAAUGUUACAACUUUUGGGAUGCUACUUUAUAUGGUGGCAAUGUGAGCAUUAUUCUUGCAUGCUCCUCCAAUAAGGUGCCUUUAGUUUACAGUAGUAUUGACACUGAAAGUGCCUUAUUGGAAUAAUACAAGACCACCAGCUCCUUGUUAGUUAAUUUACAAGUCAAGGCUGUAGAGAGAAACGGACAGUGAAGCAGUGUUCUUGUACAGAUAUUAAAAUGUCUAGAUUUUCUUUCCCACUUUCUUCCAAAUUGAUUUGGCUGUUUGUAAAUCUGGUAUAGAAUUCUGGCUUAAGAAUUACUAUGCAUAAUUUGGAUUUUGGUAGUUCUGUUUUCACACAAUUUACAUAAGCCAAGUGACCCAGAAUAAUGAUAAUUUUUUUUUAAUAUUGAGAAUGUUGGUAAUUGUUAAUGACUUCAGACAAAAAAAAGAGAAGUAUAUAUUGUGUAAAACUGAGUGAGGGCAUGUGAGUGGUAUCGGUAGCAGUCGAUGAUCAUAGCUGGUAUGGAUCUAUGGCAGAUAUGCCACCCAGGUAAUACAGUAUAUGGUAAAUACAGAGGUAGGAAUCUCUUCACAAUUUUCAAUAUUUUAUAAGCAUAUAAAUUUCAUUAGUACAGAAGGGGCUUAGUAUUCUAUGCUUAUAAACACUGCUUAAAGUAUCUAGUGAGCCGAGCCAAAGGGUCAACAUUUUCAGCCAGUGAUGUAAUAAGUCAUAACAAGAGCAGAUUGGCCAACUUGUGAGAUAUUGAACAUUGUGAGAAGUCCAAAAAUAAUGUAUUGUCAUUUUUCAGGCAGGAUAAAGAAAAUUGCAGUGCGUGAAUAUUUUGGGACGGGUCAUAUACAAGUACAGUAUAUAUUUUUUGUUUAAUUAUUCUAUUCAUCUACAAAAUCUCAGAAAAAUUCCAUGUACAGGUAGCUUAAUUUACAUUAUAUAAUAGCACAGCAACUUGUCAUGAAACUAAUUGUUAACUGGCAAUAUUGUGGACACUUAGGUAAUGAAGAUACAUAUUGAGCUUCCACAUCAAGGUAUGUGGAAUACAAUAGAGGCAUAGUUCCAUUUUCAGUAGGUAAUCAUUCACUACUUUUGGUUAACUGGGUAUCGAGUUGUAGACAGUAGUUGUCACUGGCUUAGAGAAGUUGAAGAAAAAACACCUCGGGUAUAUUAUUAUGCUUUCUUGGGAGAUGGUAAACAAAUCAGUCAUGGUAUAAGGAACUCCUUGGAUUGAUUGGCUAGGCUUUGUUACCAUUGCUCAAUGGAUGCUUGAGAAGUGUGUCCUGAGACAGAAUUGCCACCUGUACUGCAUGUAAGUUGUUAUUGUCCCAUAGUUACACCUCUGGUCUUCCAGAGUACACUAUGUCAAUCAUUAUAACUAAAAGCUUUCAGGGAAAGGAUCUUAACAUUUCUAGGCCAAUUUUUUCUAUGGAAAAAGUGUGCAAGCUGUAGAUUUGCUAUUUUCACCAAAUUCUAUUUUUCCCUAAUCCCAUCCCAUCUCAUUGAGAAAAUAGAGUUGUGAAGUUCUGCCACUGUAGUCAUGAAUGCACGGCAGUCAACUUAGAUAUUAUUAUUCUUUAUAUGUAAAAGUUGAUUAAAUGCAAAACCUCCAUCACUAGGUCAUGACAUUUUACCAAGCCAUAAUUAUGAAUAAAUACUUAAGUUUUUUAAA